CCCACCAACAUCAACAGUGCGUUCUUUCCAUCGACAACGACGACGCCGCAACGCCCCGACGGCGAUUUCAUUCGACAAAACCACAAAGGGGAUUUUUCAUUCCGACAAGAGAAUCUGUACACCUCCACGCUCGCUUUCCCGACUUUUCGUCAUUGCCUCUGCAACCGACGCCUCGAUUGCCCGAAUCAGCUGCCAUUCCAUUCUUCAGCCUAACCGGGCAACAACCCCAUCUUCAUCUCGCCGCGACUCCUACGAGGAGUCGUUCAACACCGCCACCGUGGCUCAGAGACUAGAAUCUCGUCACUCGCUGCUGGGGAGCGACCCAACGCACGCAGGGUACGAGCAGCAAUUUGAUCAACCCCAGUACGACCAACACUACCAGCCAUCGUCAUACCCACAGUCCGCUCUCGCCCAACAGCCAGCCUAUGCUCCGCAGCAGCCUGUCUACCAUCAACCGCCACACUCCAUGCCGGCCGCAUCUAUCCCACCUCCGCAACCCACGUUCAACCAGGACUACAACCAAGGCUACGCCUACCGCGAAGGACUCGCACCCUCGACAAUGAACGGCUCAAGCCCCAAAAGCACCAAGGGCGGUUGGUUCUCUUUCAUGUCGUCGAAAUGGCCCCGAGCCUUCUUCCUCGUCACUCUGCUGCAGGCCAUCAUCUGUUUGGUCUUUGAAGCAUACGUCUUCGCAACCUUUCAGUUCAGCCUCACCAGUGACGACAAUCCUGCCACCGAAUCCCAGCGCCGUACCAUCCCAACGUUCCUGGCUCUCUUCAUUUUCGGUUUCCUCUACGAGCUCGUUCUCGUUUGGGAUGCCCUCCGCGCCAAGAACACUAUUCAGAUCAUUGGAGUCUGCAUUGCCAACCUCGCCCUAAUGGUGUACACGGCCAUCCAGAUUGAACAGAUUCAGAUCGCCGUCGAAGAGCUGCGUGUCGGCGGCGGCCUGAGGAUUGGCCACGAGAGCGUCUGGGAGGACAUCAGGCCCUACCUUGUCGCCAUCCCCUGCAUCUUCUCUCUCGGCACCGUUCUUAUGGGCUUUGUCGCCUGGAAGCUGUACCAGGUGUUCGCCUGGGAUAUCCUGAAGACCAUCGGCGCCGACUAUCGCAUGAAGCAACGCUUCCUCUACUACCAGAUCUACAUUGCGCUCCUGAAGUUUGAUUUCUUCUUCUUCCUCGGGUUCACUGUCCAGUUCCUUGUCAUCGUCGGCGACAUUGAAAUCGUCGAAUACGCCCUGACCGCCGCCGCUAUUCCUGUCACCGUUGCGAUCCUCAUCAGCGCUGCCUACUUCACCCGCCGCGAGAACAAGCCCGGCAUGAUCGCUGUCAUUGUCCUCUACCUCGGUGCCCUCAGCUACUUUGUCUUUAAACUCGUCCGCAUCUACCAGCCCGGCUACCAGCAACACUACAUGAACGUUCGCAAGUCCCUGACUACUUUCACCGUUAUCACUAUCCUCCUCAUCAUCCUGACCAUUGCCAACGCUAUCAUCUGCAUGAACAACUUUGGUGCUGGCCUGAAGACUCAUCUGCUCAAGUCGCGUGAGGCUGAGAAGGCUACUGACCUCAACUCUGUCAGCAUGCAAGAUGUCAAGCCCCAGAUGGCGAGCAGGAUGACCAUUGACUAGAGGAUGGAUCGGCUGGACUAUUCCAUCUUGCGCACAGAGAAUACUCAGUCAAAACUACAAAACAACAAAACCCCCGUAUAAAGAAACGAUUAACGAAACACCAUUCGCCCGCCCGCCCUGGCUCGAUGCUCAGGGUGUGGCUUGGACGUGGUUUAGAGAGCUGCAUACUCAACACAGCUUCAUUGUUCUCCUUGAGAUUCCCCACUAUCAUCUAACCGAUCGAUGAUCUAUUGUCACCCUUUGUCCGCAUUGUGCCUUUUUUUUACUCGCAGACUCGACAUUUUCCUUUUUAGUCUACCAGGUCAUACUUGGCGUUGGCAGCGCCUCACACAUCACAUUCCCUUGACUCCAAUGCUAUGGGAGUGGGAAGAGGAGGACGGCGUUCUGGUUCGAUUGGAUUUCACUUCUACGUAUAGUUUGUGCGUGUGCCACAGCUAGGAUGAAGAAUUGAAAUUAUGGAAAUUGUAUAUUCACACGUUGACCCAG